ACAAAAUUAUGGCGUCGAGAUCCGAAACGAACAAUGAAAGUGCCGACAAAAGUCUUAUUGCCACGACUAAUAUGGAAACAAACAGUUCAGGUGGCAAACCAGCUUAUUUGUGUGUAGCAUCAGUUGCAAAGAUGGAUGGAGAAGGUGGCCAAGUGAAGCCAAUGCCCAACCAACAAUCUGACAGAACUGCUGGUCUAAACACAAUAGAACCAGAGCCUGAAAAGACAGAUGCUUCCCUUGAGUCCGAGAGUGACAGGGCAAAACCGGUAGAUUCAAAGGGCAAUCAGCUGACAGAAUACAAUAAGGAAGAAUCGAUGGUUGAUGAAGUAGUAGAAAGAAACAACCAAGUUAAAGAGAUCACGCCAACUACUAGUGAUGUAAGUGAAAGCAGUGAGUCACCUGAUGAUGUAAGUGAAUCUAAAACUGAAGUGAGCAUACCUCCACCACUUGUUCAAACUCAAACUGUUGCCAGUGCAAUCGGUGAUUUCGAAGAUGAUAUACCUAUUGUCCCUGUACAGGGUCAUCCCACACAACCAAAGAAGCUAGAUACAUCUCCAAACUUCAUUGACUCUUUUGCUAAAUGGCUGGCAGAUUGUGAGGGCAGCUCAACAAAACCUGCUAAAAAAGUAGACCGGAGGCAGCAGAGACAUACUGCAAGUACAACAAAUUACGUUCCAAGGAAUUUUUCAGCAGAGAACAUUGGUUCUUCAGAACCUCAGAAAGAAAUAGAUUUGUCAGAUAAAGAAUCUAGCGUUCCUAAGUUUGAAAGAGUGCAAUCGAUCUCUGGAAAUGUCGAGGUCAGCAAAUCAUCAGCCCCAGGUGAGGAAGAAUCUGAUGAUGCAAUGAGCUUUGAAGAUGCAGAACCAUCUGAGAGUGAUGGAGUUUCAAAAGUCACUGAGCUAACAAAGUCUGUCAAUGAUGUUCCUUGUGUGACUAGUUCACAACCUGUUCUAUUUCAAGAGGAGUCUCUACAGUCUGCUCCAAAGGAUAGUGAGAGUGUUUUAGAGGGAUCGAGCAUUGAAUCCGAGAGUAUCAGUGGCACAAGUGAAUCUUUAUCAAGUGUGAAUAAGAUUGUUCAAGAGGAGGAUGGGGAGGCGAGAGAGUGUGAGAUGACGAUUGAUGAGAAGGAGGAAGAGGAGGAGAAGGAGGGGGAGGAAGGAGAUGAGAAGGAGACUCCAGAGGGGGAGGAAGAGAUCGAAGACGAGGCAGGUGAGCAGAACGAGGAUAAGGAGAACUUGGAUGAGGAAGCAAGAGAUUCGUUGGGUAAACUAGAGGAAACAACUCCAAAGAAGAAGAAGACAAGGAGAGGCAGUAUCGGGUUUGGUGUAAUCCCAUCUGGCCAAGAUGCUCUCAUCAUGGGACAGCCAGGAGGUAAGUUCCCUCCGGAGAAACUGUUUGAAUAUCAAUGGCCUCAAGACAAGGGAGACUUCUUCAUGCUACAGGAGCAGAUCUCAGAAUACCUUGGUGUCAAGUCGUUCAAGAGGAAGUACCCUGAUCUCCCCAGGAAGACAGUAGAUAUCAUGGAGAGGAAUUUCCUCAAGGAUAAAGGCAUUGUAACCGAGAUGCAGUGUGAUCUGGGCCUGACUGCUGUGAGGAGUGAAGAUGUCCUUGAUCUCAUGCAGAGAGACUAUGAAGAAAAAUAUAAGGAAUACACGCUUGUCCUCCAGGAGAGAGAGAAACAGAAGAUGAAGGAGAAGACAAAAGGUUAUGAACAGUUUUCCAAAGAACUGUUACAGCCGAAUGUCGAGAAGAGCAAGAUGGCUGCGUUUAUAAAGAAAGCCGUGAAGUCAGCGGCCGAGUUCAACUCUCAGUUCAUGCGAGAGUUACGGGAGGAUAGGAAGGCCUACUAUGACCUUCAGACACAGGAUAUACAGUUCCCUCUUGGCCGAUGCAAGAGAUUACCAAAAGAGGCCACAAAGGUUGGAGCGUACCCCGUCGCAGUCAUUCCAGGACAGUACCAGGAUUACUACAAAAAGUAUUCUUCGCAUGAACUCAAGUACUUCCCUUUGAAUAGUGCCAUAUAUGGACCACCCAAAAAGUUCAAUACGAUAUUCGCUGAUCCUAACGAACCGACGGAUUCUGAAUCUGAAGGAAGCGUUGCAUCUCACACAUCGUCGGGAUCUGGGAGUGGCUCCGACACGGGUAGUAGCAGCCCAUCCUCCAACCAGGAGACACCAAUGGACACCAGUGCAGCCCCGGAUGUGACCAGCGCCCAGGAUAUGAAACCAGAGCCAGAGCCCGAGGGCCCUAAGUGUAAAAUGUGUGAAGAAGUGAAGGUGGAUGGACAGGAGGAGGAACUAGUGAUUUGCUCGGAGUGCAAGGGAGGAAGUCACCCGAGCUGUCUUGAGCUCACGCCAGCCAUGGUCGAUAUCAUCAAGACAUACCCCUGGCAGUGUAUGGAGUGUAAGACAUGUGUGGAGUGUAUGGAUCCAGGAGAUGAGGACAAGAUGAUGUUUUGUGACCAGUGUGACCGAGGCUACCAUACAUUCUGUGUUGGGCUCCAGCGAAUUCCAGGUGGCAAAUGGGAGUGUCAUAGCUGUAGAAAGAUCGAAGCACCAACACCUAUCAAAAAGAAACGAAAAUAUGAAAGAAAACCAAAAGUUGAGGAUGGUGAGGAUAAUGAGGAAAAGGCGACGAAGAAAGUUAAACGGGAGAAAAAGGAAAAGAAAGAAACGCCGGUGAAAGUGAAAAAGGAAAGGAAAGAGAAAGAGAAAGUGACAAAAGCGGAGACACCAGUCACUGAGAAGAAGGAAAGAAAGAGAAGAGAAAGGAAAGAAAAACCAAUAAAGGAAUAGACUUGUGCAAUGUCUCAUUGGUCAGAGCACUGAACUGGUGGUCAUGGUCCUUCUGAUUUGUCACAGUCUGAAAGCCACUGACAAAGGGAAGAAGCAAAACCGUUAUUGUAUAAAACCUUUUAAUUCUAAAUCUUGGAAAAACAAGCAAUUUGUUUUGUUGGUGUCAGUAAGAUUGUGUGGUCCAAGUCUCAGACCUUCACUGCCAUAAACCUAACCUUCAGUUUUUGAAAGUCACUGAUUUAAAAAAACCUUUGCGACAUGACCUCGCAGAAAAUUGUUCAUUUGCUUAAGUCUUCUUGCUAUUAUGGUGUUGUGUCUGAUUAUAAUGUAUUGUAUAGUAUUUAAGGAAGUCUUCAACACAGAGUAUGUAUUUCACUUUUGAAAUGAUAUGUCGUAAAAAUAUGUCAGUUUAGAUGAUUUUAUUCAGUAUCUUGAUGUUCAUUUUGGAAUAAAUGCCUUUAUAAGAUAGAA